AUGAGUAUUCGUUCGACAACCCCAAAUAAAAUGACUGGAAUUACAGAAUUGGAUGAAUGUAAGAUCUCUCAAUUCAAAAGACCAUAAUCAUCAAUGAAGUUUUCACUCUAAAAAAUUCAACAAAUUGGCUAAUCACUCAACAAUAUAUUAUCUAAAAAGAAACCUAAGAAUGACAAAAAUAUUUUUCAAUGUUUCCAUGAUAGAUUCAAUCAAAACAUGAAAGAUAUAAACACAUCAGCAUUUUAUGAACCUAUAAAUUAAGAAAAAUAAACAAUUUCUAAACGAAAGUAAAAUAAUACAAUCUACCCCACUAAUUACAGUCAUUUAGGAGGAACAGAAACAGAAAGAUCUCAUAUAAAUAUCAAAUAUUAAAGAGAAUCCUAUAAGUAUUUGCAUAGAAAUCGAUAAAACAACAAUAAAAUUAAUGAAUAAAAGAUUAAUGAUGGCCUUAAUAAUUAAUCUUUAAUAUGGCCUAAUGAUAAUAACAAUAACAAUAACAAUCAAUGCUCUUUAGAUUAUAGCAAGUCUGAAAACAUUACAACAAGAAACAAUCGAAUUCGUUAAUCUAGCUAAUCAACAAUCUAAAAUCUUGAUCAUUUUAUUUUAUAAUCUAUAGCCGUUCAUAUUCAAAAUGAUCCUAACUAAACCGAUCUCAUCAUUUGCUGUAAAAAUUACAAAUUAUACUCACUAAACUUAUACUCUAAGGUGGUUACAUGUAUAGGAUAACAUUACAGGCCAAUUAAAUAAAUGACUAAAAUUAUCAUUUAAGCCAAUAAUAAAACAUUCUACACUAGUAGUAGCGAUGGCUAGAUUAUCCAAUGGGUAUCAGAUUCUAUGCAUGGUCGUUUUAAAUACUAAUAAUCCAUUAGAAUAGAGGAACCUCCUAUCUAAUUACAUUUAGACUAAUAAGGAUCAUUAUACAUUUUGACUGCCAAUUUCUUAACUUAUCAAAGCUUUAAAAUUUCCUUAAGCGGAAAUGUAAAAUGCUUGAGUGUGACUCCCAAAAAAAUCAUUAUUGCCAUAGAUAAUUAAAUACACUAAAUUAUUGAUGAUACCACUAAUAUUCAAAUAAUAUAACUUGAUAAACAUAUCAAAACCAUCUUUUAUGAAGAUCAAUAAUUAUAUAUACUCACUACUCAAAGAUCAUUAAUUGUUUACGAUGAUUAAAAAAAUAAUUUAAUUUUUAAUUCAGAAAUUGAAUUGGAUGCCGACUGGAUCUAUGCCAUGCCUAAAAAUUAGAUUAUCAUUCUAAAAGACUUAAACAUCACUAUUUAAUCAUUUCAAAAAACUCGGAAGAUUUAAUUAACUGAUAAAAUUACUUGUUUACUACCCUUAUCUUAAUAGAUAUUAAUAGGAGAUUCAAAUAAAACCAUUAAAAUUAUUAAACUUUGA